GUGUUCGGCUUUCAGUUUCCUGAGAGACUUCCACCAGAGUACAUCGAAAUUCGGUGAAAUUUUACUAAGAAAGAAAGAAAAACCACUGCAUUGAGAUACCUUGACUUGGUAUAUUCCACGCAAAUGUGCAUAAAAAUACGCGUUAUUUGAAAGACAAAACAAAGUGAUUCAAACAGAGGGUUCAUUGGACGCUUGAGAAAACCGAGAGACAAAGUGAAACGACCUCGCACAACGCGCGCAAACAGAGAGCAAAAAAAAAACACACCCACAUCCCAUCCCACUACUGAUUGCUGCAACGCUCCAUAAAAAGAAAAAUACAAAAAGCUAUAUAGACAUGGAUGUUUGGGGAUUCUGCGUUAGCGAUUCCACGAUGGCAUAUGGCGGGGCCAUGCGCAGCGGAUACUACCGGGAUUACGAGCAGUUUCCCUACGGAACCCUGGAGUCCACAAAUUCCCCACAUGCGGUCAAGGAUUGCUACAGUCGAGUGCAAGAAAAAUGCAAGCAGAUAAAGUCCGAGAAGCAGAUGCGCAAGGACUGUCCGUUCUGCAAGGAGCACAAGAAGCGGCCGCUCAUCAACUACAUGCGCAAGCGGGAGCAGCGGAAGCACCAUGACAGCAUCUGCGAGGACGAGGAGGACAUGCACGAACAUGAGCUGGAGCACGCCCACAAUCACAGCCAAUCCACCGUCCUUGCCGUCCAACAAAGCUGCAAGGUGUGAGAGGGAGCGGGACGACUCUACUGCAGACGAUUCCCCACAGACAGUCGCGAAAUGCCAUAUAUUCAAAUGUGACCAGAAGAAAGGAAAAACCUGAAAGAGUAACAACAACAAAAACAAAG